AUGAUCUCAAACACCAACGAAGGAACCUUGGAUACUUCGUCAAAUUUAUUAAUACCAAACAAUACAGCAGAUGAUCCCACCGUCAUCGCCGACCCUACAGCGAUUGCUGACCCAACUGCUAUCGUUACAAAGGCACGGAGGGUACAGGUCAAAUUAACAGCUGAGAAGCUAUUGAGCGAUAAAGGGCUGCCUUAUGUCGCUAAAUAUGCCCCAAAAAGAUUGAGAAUAUCAUCCAAAAGGAAAAACGCUUACGAAAAUUUGUCGCACAUUGUUCAAUUCUACCAACUUUGGGCUCAUGAUUUGUUUCCAAAAGCCAAAUUCAAUGAUUUUAUCAAAUUGUGUCAAGGAUUAGGUAAGACUGACAGAGAGUUGAGAGAAUAUAGAAUGAAUCUUUACAGGAAAGAGAUGGGUAUAACGACUUUUGAUGAAGAUGACGUUGAACCUACCAUAAAUCAAUUACAAACACCGCCUCCUUCUCAUAAUUUGAGUGUAGAUUCAGAAAGGCCGUCAUCGAGUACCGAUACAAUGGGAGAGCAGCCAAGAACACUCUUCGAAGCUGACGACUCCGACGACGACGAACUGUAUACGCUGCAAUCGAAGGGCCCAAGAAAUACGAUAUCAACCACUGAUACGGGUAAAGAAAGUAAUAAUGAUACCGCUGGCGGCAGCGAACUGGCACCUCACUCAAAGGAAAGCAUAGGAAGUAUCACCGAGCAACAGAAUGAACUUGACUAUGAACAAGACGAAAUGGAAUUAGAACUCAUGAAGGAAAUGGAAAACGCACAAGAGAAUGAUCUAGAUACUCAGCCGUACCAAGAUGACAAUGCUGAAUUUGAAGAGGACGAAAAUGAUCUGGAAGCAAUGAGAGAGCUGGGUUUCUAA